UACCCACCCUUAUCCCAAAUUCGCAUUGUGUCGAAGAGUUGGAAGUGCAACACUAGGCUAGCUAGCUUGGUCCAGAUAGAGAUCACCGAAAAUCGAAAUGGCGGAUGAAUUUCUACCCAAACUUUUCAGCUAUAUUGAUGAGCACCAGGAGGACUAUAUCAAGCGUCUAGCCGAUGCUGUAGCCAUCAAGAGUGUGUCAGCAUGGCCAGAGACAAGAGGAGAGAUUACUAGGAUGGUCCAAAGUGUUGAAGCCGAGUUGAAAAAACUUGGUGCGACAACAGAGUUGGUGCCAGUCGGUGAGCAGACUCUCCCAGAUGGAAGUAAAAUCCCCCUCCCUGAUGCCAUCCUUGGUUACCUUGGUAACGACCCAGCCAAGAAGACCGUGUGUAUCUAUGGUCAUCUGGAUGUCCAGCCUGCUAAGAGGGAGGAUGGCUGGGAUACAGAUCCCUUUGUUCUGACCGAGAAGGAUGGUAAGAUGUAUGGACGUGGAGCAACAGACGAUAAGGGACCUGUCCUGGCUUGGAUUAAUGUGAUAGAGGCUUACAAAGCCUUAGGGAGAGAUAUUCCUAUUAAUAUUAAGUUUUGUUUUGAAGGUAUGGAGGAGAGUGGUUCUGAGGGGUUAGAUGAGAUGAUCGAAAAGAGAAAGGAUACAUUCUUCAAGGAUGUUGAUUAUGUGUGUAUAUCAGAUAACUAUUGGCUUGGCAAGCAGAAACCUUGUAUCACAUACGGUCUAAGAGGGAUCUGUUAUUUCUUCAUUGAGGUUGAGUGUGCUAAGAAAGAUCUUCAUUCCGGUGUCUUUGGUGGCUCUGUGCAUGAAGCCAUGCGAGAUCUGGUAACUCUCUUUGGCAGUCUUCAGGACAACAAAGGCAAGAUUCUGGUUCCUGGAAUUUACGACUCUGUCGUGGAGGUCACACCGGAGGAGGAGGACCUCUAUGGUCCAAUAGAUUUCUGCAUGGAGGAAUAUCGGAAGGACAUCGGUGCCAAUGAGCUUCUACACAGCAGCAAAGAGAAGAUACUUCAACAUAGAUGGCGCUUUCCGUCCGUCUCUAUUCACGGGAUUGAGGGAGCAUUCAGUGAGGGCGGGGCUAAGACUGUCAUUCCGUGUAAGGUGACUGGAAAGUUCUCUAUCCGCAUCGUCCCCAACCAGACACCAGAUGAGGUGAACAAGCUGGUGAUUGCUCAUCUCAAUAAAGUCCAUGCCGAUACAGGCUCUCCAAACAUCAUGAAGGCAUCCUCUUACCAUGGUGGUGAAUGCUGGCUGAGUGAUCCGAGUCAUCCUCACUAUCAGGCUGGAAUCAAGGCUACAAAGAGAGUGCACGGAGUUACUCCUGAUAUGACAAGAGAGGGCGGUAGCAUCCCUGUUACGCUAUCUCUUCAGAAGGCGACAGGCAAGAAUGUCAUGCUCCUGCCAAUGGGGGCAGCAGACGAUGGUGCCCACUCACAGAAUGAGAAAUUUGAUCGCUCAAACUAUAUCAAUGGGGUCAAGCUCUUAGGUGCCUACUUUGAGGAAGUGGCCCUUCUGUAGAAACAACAGCAAGUUUCCAUGACAACCAUUCCAAUUCUGUCAAGGCUUCCAACAUACUCCCCCCUCCCCUUCACCAAGACACACACACCACCAACCAAACCAUAUCUCAUGAAAAUACCCCCAAAGGGGAGGAUGCUCCUGGAAUGCAACAUGAUGAAAAUGUCGCAAAGUUUUCUUUUGAAAUUGAUACUAGAACAUGGUUGAGAUUAUAGACACUGUAUAUAAUUGUCUUCCAUGAGGUCUUAUUUUAGCUUAUUUUCGAUUCCAUUAUGUCACAGUUGACAUAUGUGUUGGAAUUGUUGGAAUAAUUAAAAAGUUAUUAGAAUUUCAAUUAUUUGAUUUGUGACGUCAUAUGCGAGCAGCAUUCCUACAUAGCGAAUG